AUGGGAGGCGUGAUUUUCAAGAGUGUUGUGAGUGAGUUGGUUGCUGUGUUUAUUGUCGAUGUGGUGCAGGCGAUACUUUCGUAUGCUGUGGGGCCAUAUGAACGGGCAUUUGAUGAGUAUGAUGUAUCUAUAUCAAAACCGCAUGCGACGCAGGAGACCAUUUCGUAUGUUGAGGUGAUAGGGUUGGCUAUUGUUGUUCCACUGAUUUGUUUGUAUGUGGCAUUACAUAUCAGUUCUUCCAGAGGCAGCGAGGUGUAUUUCUAUGUGGUAUUUAUGCUGUCGUGCUUCACAACGUUUGCAGCAACAGAAGCAAUGAAGAAUGUGUUUGGAAGGCUUAGGCCUGACUUUCUGAGUAGAUGCAUACCUGUGAAUGGAAUAUGUACAGGGCAGCAACCGAUUGUCACGGAAGGAAGGCGAAGCUUUCCGUCAGGACAUAUGUCGAUGGUGGUGUGUGGAGCGAGUUUUUUUAUGUUUUUUGCAUGGAGAGAGUUUAAGCUGCACCUGCAUAGCAAGAUUUGGAGAUUUAUUGUUUUUGCGGUUGUCUGGCUGCUGCUAUUUAUUGGAUCUAUGAUUAUUGGGAUGAGUCGUGUUGCAGACAACAGGCACUUUGUUUCUGAUGUAGUUGGAGGAGCAAUAGUUGGAGGACUGUCUGCAGCAGUUGGGUUCAGGUAUCUUGACAGGAUUGUUGAGUUGCAAAAGAGCAAGAAUACGGGCAGAAGAGCGCAGGCAGUGGAUGUUUAG